AUCAAGAUGGCGGCCAACAAAAGGUAUAAUGUUGAGUUUCGAGAAAACUUUGCAAUUCUUUGGAUGAUCAAUGUGGAAAAUCGAUUUAAUAAUUCUACCAUGAAAGAUUUGCAUGCUGCACUCGACAAAGUAGAGAGCAACAAGGAUGUCACGUUUCUUGUGACAAUUGGUGAAGGAAAGUUCUUCUCCAAUGGUCUUGACUUAGAUACAAUUGCACAGUAUGACAAAGCUGAUAUGGACACAUUUUUGGCUCAAAAUAGCUCACUUUUCUAUCGAUUACUGACUUUCCCGGUUCCUACAAUUGCUGCUCUGAAUGGCCAUGCAUAUGCUGGUGGAGGGAUAUUUGCAUUGUGUCAUGAUUAUCGAAUUAUGAGGACAAAGAGAGGCUGGUUCUGUUUGCCUGAAAUCAAUUUACGGCUAAGGUUCACGCCACAAAUGAUCUCCAUAGUUAAAGCAAAGAUUUUAGACCCUAGAKUGAGAACUGAUGCCAUUAUUAUGGGAAAAAAGUACACUGCAGAGGAAGCCYUUGAAGCUAAACUAGUUGACCAAAUUUGUGAUAACAGUAUAUUGUUAAAUUCAGCCAUUGCUCAUGGUAAGUCAGUCGUUGGCAUUGCAAAUUGGGACAGAMAGCAUAUGACAAACCUGAAGAGAGACUUGUACUGGGAGGUMAUUGAUCAYAAAAAYAGRAUGRAAGUGGACAGGGUUCCUCUGAACAAACAAAUGUCAAAACUUUAAAGAGUUACRCAGUCGUGACCUAGGCAUUUUUGAAAAGUAUUUGAUAGCACAAUGUUGUGCAUUUUCAUGUGUAAUGUGAAGAUGUGAGUGUUUUCAGUCAUUAUAGAUUGAUGAAUUAUUAUGAUGACCAUCAUGACCAUAAUAAUAUUGUAAUAGUAUACCGAGACUCUAUAUGACAUGUCUUGGUUAUUCAUUCUCCAACAAUAAAAKAAUAAUUGGGCUGUUUCAAAAAAACAACAACAUAUUUUUGAAAAGAUAUCAUAAACAUGGUUAGCUUAGUACAUUUCAAUUAAAAUAAGUUUUUGAUAAACCAAAAAUAUCACUAUGUAAUACAAGUAAGUAAUAUUGUUUUAGAUUUGUCAUAAUUCAACAUUACACCAAGCGUUUCUGCAUACAAAGCUGCUGGUAAUGUCUAAUGAUGAAUUAUGAUAAAUAAAAAAAUAUGAUAAUGAUUUUUAUUAGUAACGCAGUCGUCGUCAAAAUCAGUGGUAUUUUUGAGGACACUGAUGAUCACAAUAAUAUGAACAUAACAAUGCAUUUUUAUAUAUAACAUAAAUAUACAUUGUUAUGAAUUUUUAUAUCUCAAAAUAUUUUAGAAAAAAUCACAGACAAACAUUAAUUUCCAUGUAGAAAUAAAUCAAUGUCAAUUAGAUUCCAUAAUUUUGAAUUUUACAUAGAUUGCAUGUUUGAAUUCAUACUGUAACUGUAGAUUUCAUURUGACAAUUUCUUAAUAAAUCACUUGGACUUGAAUGUUGCAUAUAUUUACUUA